UAAUAAGAUUGAGAAUUGGCUUCUUUACGUUCCUCGAUAACAGCAUAAUGAUAUGUAUAUUCAAAUUUUAUAAUAAUAAUUAUGAAGAUAUCAAAGAUCAUUCACUUUCCAGAGUAUCAUAUGGUAAAGAAGAUAAGCAACUUAAUUCAGAAUUUUCGGAUACAGAUUAUUCUAAUUUAGAAAUAGAGACAUCUAGUUGUUCUUCAAGAUUAAUUAAUGAAAAUAUAUAUCCUUCUUCUCUUGGAUCAAAAUCUAAAAAUUUAUCUGAAAUUAUUGAGAAAGAGGAAUCUAAGGCUCCAAACUUCGAAUCUUCAAAAUUAAAUAACAUAAAAGACUCAUUGGGAAUUGAUUUGAUUCAAAAAGAUACCGAAGAAGAAAUUAAAGGCCUUCCUGAUGAAGCUGAACAAGCAAUUUAUACACAAAGAAAAAGAUCUCAUAGAAAAUCCAAUUACAGAUCUCUUUCUGAAUGUUUUAUAAAGAAAAAAUAUUACAAAUUGAAACUAUGAGAUUUAGAUUUUCUGCUGCUUUCGAAAUGUGACCUUUCUAAUUUUGAAGAAUUUAGAGAAUUCGCUUCCAAUCCAAGAUGGAAAAAUCGAAUUUCAAUAUCCUCUCUGAAUAAAAUUAAGGCUAAAUUAGACACAAAAAAGGAUAUAAAAGUUCUUUCAUUAAUUAAAUCAAGGCUAUGUGAGUUUAAAGCAUUAGAAUUUAAGAUUCAUGAAGAGGAAUGUGAGACUGUUAACAAUUUUCUGUUCAGUUAUUUUCCUAUAAGCUGUCAAUAUUUUAAAUUGGUCUUACCAUCUCAUCCUUGAUUUCGAAUUAACUACUAUUUUAAUUCAUUAAUCAACCUGAGCAGCAGAGUGACUAAAAAACUUCAUAUUAGCCAUUGGAAACUAAGACAACACCAAAUUAUGACUAUUUUUAAAGAGUUCAAACAUGUCCGCUUUUUAAAAUUUAGGAGAUGAGUCAUCGACCUUCACUCUGUGCCUAAAUUUGGUAAUUCUCUUGAAGGAUCAAGCGUGAAGGAGUUACAAUUGUGGUUGAAUAAUUAUGGACAUAAUGGCUAUGGAGUUGACCAGUUAAUUAAAGGAUUAUCUCAGUCUAAUGGCUUUCUUCAAAAUUUAGACACGAUUUAUAUUUGUGGAAGGGGAAAUCAUGAAGAAGCAGAAGAAAAAUUAAAGGAAUAUGUUGACAUUGAAAAAUUGAGGAUGUAUCUUAUCCUUUAA